GGAGCAGAGCAAAAGAAAUGGCGGCUUCGACGGUUCCAUAAAAUUUUGCAGACGACAUCAUUUCAAGUUGCUGUUCUUGUGACCGUUGUUUAGCUACGAAUGCAACUUUGUGUUUGCGAAAGUUCAGAGCUUAUUGUAUAUUGCAAUACAUUUUGCGUCUUUUUUGAUAAAUAUCAAUGGAUAAAGAUAUUCACGCUGCCCCGGUAAAAGUUUACAAGAAAGCAGAGCUGCCCGACCACGUACAGCAGAAAUCGAAGUCGAAAACAUCAAAGAAAAAAAUUCUUUCAUCCUCUCAAGUGGGAACGGCAAGUCCGCCAGACCAACUUGCAGACACAUCAUCAUCGUCGUCAAACUCCUCAAUUGCCUUGACACCUCAAGCCGCUAAACGGAAGCAGCGGUUUGUCAAUUUGUACAGCAAAGAAGGGAGAGAACGCGACACGAUUCUGCUACCAGGGCGUCAUCCGUGUCAAUGCCAGGCAUCUCGUCAUGCACUCAUCAAUAACUGCCUCAAAUGCGGACGUAUUGUUUGCCAGCAAGAAGGAUCGGGGCCCUGCUUCACGUGUGGUGCGCUCGUGUGCACGCAGGAAGAAAAAGAUAUACUCUCACGAGACUCGAGGAAGAGCCAGCAGUUGAGGGAUAAACUGUUGAGUGAUGCAAACAACGAGAACUUCCUGAAGGCAGUAGCGCAUAAGAACAAGUUGCUGGAGUACAACCGUACCUCCGCUCAGCGGACGAAAGUGAUCGAUGACGACAGCGACUACUUCUCGACGGAGAACAUGUGGUUGACCCCCGAACAACGCGACCAGGUGCGGAGACGGGAGGCCGAGAUGAGGGCAGAGCGCGAGAAGUCACGACGGACGCAGCGCAUCACGUUCGACCUUGCGGGGCGCCGUGUCGUAACCGAGGAGGAGGAGGAAAGAAAUGUGCAGGCCAUGUUUGAGAACAUGUUUCUUCAAGAUGUCCACUCGCAGGGAGACCUCGAAGCUGUGCAUUUCGUCGAUCCAGCUAUCAGUAUUGAAGCACCGGAGUACAUAGACACCGGUGGCUUUCAAGGUCGUAAAUCGCGCUACGAGACGACCCAGGAGUCGCUGCUCACCAUGGGGCGGGACGGAGUACUCUUGGGGUCCCGGGUCCAGGACAGGAGUUUGAUGCAAAUGUCCGACGACGGAUUUGCGCUGAGCAUCCACCAGCCCUACGCUUCCCUCAUUGUGGCAAACAUCAAAAAGCACGAAGGGCGAUCGUGGUUUACGUCCUACAGGGGGCGCCUCUGGAUUCACGCGGGAGCACGUCAGCCAUCGCAGGAAGAUGUGACCGAGGUGUUGGAUUACUACAAGAGCGCAACUAAAGGACAAGACGUCAAAUUCCCGGAAGAGUAUCCCACAGGCUGUCUGCUCGGGUGCGUGGACCUGGUCGACUGCGUCCCCCAGGACGAGUACCGGGAACAGUUUCCUAUGGGCGAGUGCUUUUCUCCCUACGUCUUCAUCUGCGACAGCCCUCAAGAACUGAAGAUAAAAUUUCCGAUGAAGGGCAAACACAAGAUCUUCAAAAUAGAUACUAAACUCCACCAAGCAUCAACAAAGCUACUAUUAUGCCCGCAGCUCAUGAAGUGUCAGUGAGUGUCCCAGGUAUCUGUACAGUGUAUGCUGUUUAUAAAUAUACGGUUGUUGAGAAGC